AAUUUUCAAUGUGUGAGCCAUCCACAAAGGAAUUCGAUUUUGACUUCGCUCUUUAUGGAUCGGAGUAAAAAUUUCCUGCAGAACGUGGCCAAUUUUGCUGACCAGCUGAAUCCUAAUCAAUUGGAAAGGUCCACAAUGGCUUACAAGCGUCUAUGUCUGGAACUGGAGUCCAUGAGCAAUGCGGUGACUCCUGCCGUUACUCCUCCGACUUCACCUCCUCAGGCUGCUGCCGUUCCCACAAAAGGACUCCGGGCAAGUGCUUCAGAGUUCGUGCCCCAAGUGCCUCAGACCAGUGACCGGAUUUCCAUUGAAUUGGACAAUGAGCAGGAUGAGGACUCGGAUGACGAUGGCUACGAUGAGGAGCGUAACAGAGCCCCAAAGCCCGCAAUCUACGGCCUCCGGUUUUAUAACCAUCACUAUGAGGCCGUUGACGUGAGCGAUAAUCACUUGGAAGCGGAAAAAAAGCGAAAGUUUGGUUAUAGGGCUCCCAAGUUUCGGCCGAACCAACCGACUGGUCGGUCUCUAAAGUCGGAAAUGAGCUCCACUCCCACUGCAAAGCCUCCACCGGAAUUGGCAAACGGACAGCCGCAUUUCAAAGGACCCUACAUGCCACUUCUGCAGCACAGAAUCGCCAACGCAGAGGACUACGGGCUCAUCCAGGGUUCAGACGAGCGGAACAGCCUGCUCCUGGAGGAUAUGGUGAAACAACUGGCCCGCCUGGACAACUGUCCCUUCAAUCUGAGCGCCCUUUUCCCUGAAAAAGGUGAACACAAACCAGCACCCUAGAUAGCUCUGAAUAUUCUAU